AUGCACAGCGAAGAAAUCGAGGCCGAGGGCCGGCCGCCAUAUAUCCACGCAAUGAUUGCGGGAGGCGUGGGAGGCUCGACGGGCGACAUGCUGAUGCAUUCGCUGGACACGGUCAAGACGCGACAGCAGGGCGAUCCGCACUUCCCGCCGAAGUACUCGUCCCUGGGGCGCUCGUACUACACCAUCUGGCGGCAGGAGGGCAUCGCGAGGGGUCUGUACGGGGGCUGGAUCCCGGCGCUGGGCGGCUCGUUCCCGGGCACGCUCCUCUUCUUCGGCACCUACGAAUGGAGCAAGCGGUUCUUGAUAGACCACGGGCUGCAGCACCAUCUCGCCUAUCUCUCAGCAGGCUUCCUCGGAGACCUCGCGGCCUCCAUCGUCUACGUGCCGUCCGAAGUCCUCAAGACCCGGCUGCAGCUCCAGGGCCGCUACAACAACCCCCAUUUCGCCUCCGGCUACAACUACCGCGGCACCCUCGACGCCGCCCGCACAAUCGUCCGCACCGAGGGCGCCUCCGCCCUCUUCUACGGCUACAAGGCCACCCUCUACCGCGACCUGCCCUUCUCCGCGCUGCAGUUCAUGUUCUGGGAGCAGUUCCAGGCCUGGUCCCGCGUCUACAAGCAGAGCCGCGACAUUGGCGUGCCCCUGGAGCUCCUGACCGGCGCCGCCGCGGGUGGCCUCGCCGGCGUCAUCACGUGUCCCCUCGACGUCGUAAAGACCCGUCUGCAGACGCAGGUCAACACGCCCGCAGCCGCCGAGCCGGAACCUUCUCCUUCUUCACAUCGAUCGAAAGACCCGAAUCCCCAGAAGCGACUGAUAUCCACGUCGUCUCCGAGCACGCACAGACCCAAACCGGGCGCCAUCGCGCUCAACACGUCCUCCGUCCUGGCCGGCCUGCGGGUGAUUUACCAUACCGAGGGCGUGGGCGGCUGGUUCCGCGGCGUGGGGCCUCGUGGCGUGUGGACGUUUAUCCAGAGCGGGUGCAUGCUGUUUUUGUAUCAGCGGUUGCUUCACAAGCUGGAGGUGUGGAUGCCGUUGGACAAUCCCGAUUCCGAUUCCGAAGCAGCGUUGUGA